AUGGCUGAGCUCGCACUCUACUCUCCCGAUAAGAAGAUCCGCUUCACUCUCCCCUCACCUGCCGACGAUGAAGCAGUCGCCAAAUUGCGCUCCGAUCCCAUUUGCCGCAAAUACGUUCGCUUCCUCCCCGAAUCCGUCAGCGUCGCCGAAGUAACCGAAUAUCGCGAAAGCCGCGCCAAAAACCCACAUAACCUGGACUUCAUCGUCUCUGCCCUCAAUGCCCAGGGAGAGUACCAAUUCGCCGGCCUUUGCAACGUCUUCCUCAUUGACGAGAUUCACAUGUGGGGAGAUGCGGGAAUCUGGAUCACGUCGGAUCGUCAUGGUCAAGGAUUGACGACUCCCAUCUUGUAUAUGUUGUUGGAGCACGUGUUCGAACAGAGGGGUUUGCACCGAAUCACGUUCAUGACCGGUGUUGAUAACGCGCCGAUGAGGGGCUGGUUGGAGAAGGUGGCAGGAGCACGAUUGGAAGGAACGUUCAAGGAUUGCUGGAAGGAGCCAACUGGUGGAUAUCUGGACGUCGUAUUAUAUGCCAUUCUGGACAGCGAGUGGAAGGAUCGGGUGAAGGAUUCCUUGGUGAAGAAGAUGAAGGAGCGGGGGCUUGGACUGCCCAAGGAUGCGUGA